AGCAAUACUUGUUUUGGUAUUUUUGGUUAAUAGUAAUACGCCAGCUAAUGUACUCUGAUCACCAAGGAGACUAGGCCAUAACAAGGACCAACCCCUAAAAUUGUUGGAGUAUACAUUUUAAAAGAAUAUAUUUUUGAGGCAUUGAAUAGACGGAAAGUAUAAACUGGAUUGCAAUGGCUUCUAAAAGCGGUGCCGAUGAGAAGUCCAUCUCGGUGGAAGGUGGUGCCGAAGCGGAAGCAGUUCCUCCUCCCCCACCAACGGCGGCUGGCCGGCCCAGACCGCCCACCUCGCAGCUCUUUUCGCGCGGGAAUCUGGUUAGCAGUCGGACAUCAGGGGGCGAUAAAUCAGGCUUGGCAAGACCGUCCACAGCGGUCAGGGCCGUGGGCUACGCGGCCAAUAGCGGGUCUGCUGGCCAAAGGUUCGACCAGUUUUUCCUAGAAAAGGCCAAGCAGCAAACUCUCUCAUCGGCGAACGCCGUGGAUGCCGCCAAGGAAGUGAACCCCCAAAUCAAGUAUAAGAAUCUGGAGGCCAAGAUUGUGAAGCUCUUGGAAUCGUCCAUCGUACUGGCCUGGCAGAGCACGGCGGCUCGGGCGAGCGGAGAUGUUAACUCGGAGGCGAAGUCGGCACUGUCUGAAUCUUUGAAUAAGGCCAAGGAAGCAUUCUCAUUGGACCGAACACUGCACCGAUUUCGAGACCAGCAGGGCGAGAAUGUCUACCACAACUUCGAUUUGACAUAUGCCGUGUUCUUCAACUUGGCCGAGCAAUACGAACGAAAUGACUUGCACAUCGAGGCGCUCAACACAUACAGCAUCAUGACCAAGAACAAGAUGUUUCCCCACGUCAACCAGCUGAAGAUCAACAUGGGCAACAUCUACUACAAUAUGGGCAUCUAUCAGAAGGCGGUUAAGAUGUACCGCAUGGCCCUCGACUCGGUGCCGAAGAACUUGAGCCAGUUGCGGCUGAAGAUCCGUGAAAACAUCGGAGUCCUCUUCGUCCGCAUGGGCUCAUACUCGGAUGCUGCCUCCAGCUUUGAGUUCAUUAUGUCGGAGCGGCCGGACAUCAAGAGUGGCGUCCACCUCCUGCUCUGCUACUACGCCAUGGGCGACGUCGAGAAGAUAAAACUGGCCUUUCGCAGCCUGUGCGAUGUCCACGCCGGGGAAACGGAAACCGACUUGGGCAGCGAGAGCAAUAUAAUCAAGCUGCAGCAGCAAGCCGAGCAGGGUGGACAAGCUGAGGAUCCCGACUCGCAAAAGUCCCUGGACCGCGGAGGUAUGGCGGGUGCGGACGUGGCAGUCAUCGACGCAGAGGGCGGCGGAUCUUACGAAAAGGUUCAGGAGCCUGUUAAGUUUUCGGCCAAGACAAAACAGCGCAGCGUACUCAAAGCCAUUAAAAAGGACGAGCUUGCGGCGUAUACCAAUCAACGACGGAAUGCGGAGAAGCGAUCCAUAACAAUGAUUGUGGAUCUCAUCUCCCCAUUAAUCGAAGAGAACUAUAAUGACGGCUACAAUUGGUGCAUUGAGAUCAUCAAAACUUCAAAUCUUUCAUGGCUGGCAAACGAACUGGAACUAAACAAGGCGCUAGUAUACCUUCGACAAAAUGAUGUAAAUCAAGCGAUUGAAACACUACAAAUGUACGAUCGUAAGAGUGAGGGAUCCAUGACGGCCAGUGCCCUAACCAACCUUAGUUUUAUCUAUAUAAGUCUGGGCAACCUGGAGAUGGCCACGCACUGCCUUAACCAGCUUCAGGAAAUCGGGGCCCUAGAAAACAAUGCUCUUGGCCUAAUCAAUGCCGGCAUUGUCGACUUGCGGAAGCAGAACCUCGUGUCAGCCCGCGACCAUUUGGAACGAGCUCUGCAGCUCCAGCCGACGAAUUUCGAGGCCAACUACAAUCUCGGCCUGGUGGCCCUGGCGCAGCAGGAUUUUGAGCUGGCUGAGGAGCGAUUUGAGCUGCUAAAGGCCCAACUGAUGACGCCCCAUUCUGUGCAGCACAGCCAUGUGUUCUACCAGCUGGCCAAGUUGCAGGAACGCCGGUUGGGGGGGCGCAUUCAAGCCCACGCCACGCCUGGGGCGGCUCUGCAGGCGUACCUUCAGGUGCUAGGCAUCUCCGCCGCCGACAUCGAUUCACGGCUCUACGAAAAGGUCGGCUCCCUGUACGAGCAGAUUCAGGACCAUCAGGAGGCCAACCAGUACUACAACGAGGCGUACCGUAUAAACAUGAGUGACAUAAGCAUCGCCAGCUCCAUCGGCUCCUACUACAUCAAGCUGCAGGCCACGGAAAAGGCACUGUACUACUACGAGCGGGCGGUGUUGGCCGAUCCAAACGACCCCAACCUGAUGUUGCGCAUCGCCAGCUGCUUCCGCAACUCGUACCUGCCACCCAAGCAGUACUUGGGCAUGUUCCAGAAGAUCUACGCCCGUUUCCCAGACAACCUCACCUGCGUCCGGGCGCUAAUGCAGGUGACCAAGUCUCUGGGACUGGGCGAUCUGCACGAGCGGUACGCAAUGGACUAUGCGCGUCUGCAAAAGCAGCAGCAAGAGCGGCAGAACGAGCAGCGUUACCAGCAACAGCGCCUGUCAUCAGCGACCUCGAGUAGCAGCCGCUUGCGAACUGUAAGGCAAUCCAAUGAGGAAAGGUUGCAGGAGAACAGCGAUAUCUCAAAGGGUAUGACCUAUACCCAAAGUCCCGCCACGUAUUCCGUCCAGCAGUUCGAUCCUUUGGGUCCUCCGGCGGAACGUCCCCGCACUGGCAUGUAUCGAGCUCAACAGAGCAGAGACGAUUCGGAUGAUGAUGCGGAAAUGAAUGCCGAAAGCCUUCUGCCCAUUUAAGUAAAUGGCUUUUUAAUUAUAACGAAAUCAAUAGUCUUAAAUGCCUUGUAAAACUUUACAAGAACAAUAAGAGUUUAAACAAAAUGUUCAAAUGUAAUUCAGCACUCUUCUUAGCAUUCAUCCCAGCCAAUAUAAAUAUUUCUAACGGUCCGUCGAUAAAACAACUUGAUCGAGUAUAGCAUACAUGUAUGUACAUAAUCGUAAAGUAUUAUAUGUAGUAUAAAUGUAACGACAAAAGUCAUUCUUCGUGCAAUUUCUUCAAGCUGAGAAAUUAGAACAUUAAGUAAAUUAGAUAGACGGACAAAUGGACACACGCAUUUCGAUUGAGAUCGUGAUGCUGUUCAAGAAUAUAUAUACUUUAUGGUGUCUGAGGUGUCUCCUUUACUGCGGUGCAAACUACUGACUGAAAUUAUAAUCGCAUUUACAAGGGCAUAAAAAGAUUUACGGCAAACGUGAUUCAAAAAUUGUGAUUGGUAUCAAAGAAAAACAAACACAUUUUAUAAAACUAGAAACGCCCCUAAAAGUGAUCAGUUACCUCCUUAAAUGUCCUUUUAGCAAGGACAUUAUUAUGCAUUUCAAGCUUCGGCGAGCCAAGUUAGAACUUGACUGUACAAACUACCAGAUAUCAUCAUAUAUCUACAGCUCAAUUUUUUUCUCUUGUUAGUCCAACCUUCAUCUUUUUUUUAAUUAGGUGUACUGUAAAGUACUUUUCUAGCUACAUAUGUCGAAAUUUUCAUCCAAUAUAUAGUUUUUUCAUAGCUGUUAUGAAACGUAGUAGUCCAAUCCCGAAGUACGAUCCCUUUAAGGGGGGGGUAAGGUUUUAAAGGCCAAAAAAAGGUCCAUGUUUGACUUUUUUUUUGCGGCGAUAUGAGUA